AGUGCGCGUUGCUAUUGGAGACGCAAUGUAGGAAGUAAAUUCUAUUGCUUACCGAAGCAAACGUAGAAAUAUUCCACCCGACAUUCGCCAUACAUUUGGACUGCUGUUUCUCACCUGGAUCCGACUUGAACCAUCGACCCGCGCGGCUGUGACGCUAACGUCUCGCUCCGUGAAUCUAAGGAGGUAUUAAAAGUCAAUGAGUCGCGGUCACAACCCACCUCCUCGGGGUCAAGGGGCAGCCCGAGCCAAACAGAUGGGCCUGCUCCUUGACCUGUCCCCAGAUGGAGGCAUGGAUGAUGAGGGAAAUGAUGAUGAGCUGGAGGCAGAGUUGCUCAAUCUGGUAGGAGGAGGUGGGGGAGGAAAAGCACAAGGGAAGAAAGGCCAAGGGAGAGCACCUGUUCCCAUGGCUGAAAUUGAGCGAAUGGCAGCUCUGUGUAUGAAAGAUAUAGAUGAUGAUAUGGGAGAUGAAGAUUUGGAUGAUGAAGAUCUGCUGGCAGAACUGAAUGAUGUUUUGGAGGAUGAUGAGGAGCACACUCCUGCUCCCACUCCACCUGCCGCUACACCAACUGCUCCUAAAGCGAGCAUCGCCUCACACUCCUCGCCUCUUGCUGCUCCCAGUGGUGCAACUGGGUUGGAGGCACGACUGCUGGAGCGCAUUGGAAUGUAUCAGACUGCCAUUUCCAAUGCCAAGGCUGCAGGCGAGACUAGCAAAGUUCGAAGAUAUGAACGCGGGCUGAAGACACUACAGUCCAUGUUAACAUCUGUCAAGAAAGGAAAACCAGUCAACGAAGAAGAGAUGCCUCCACCUGUUGCUCUCGGAGAAAAGUCGAAUGCCCCAACCCAGCCUGAAGUGGUUAAAGAACGAGAGGUGCCCAAGCCUGUGCUGAUCCCCUCCCCUCCCACCAACCAGAAACCUCUGAGGGAAGCUGAACCGCCAGCUCCGAACGCUAAGCCAACGCAUUUGAUUCCUCCCCAAAGGCCAGUUGCCGCCAUCACUCCGGAAACACCUGCCAUCUCUCCCCUCACCCCCAGCCAGCCUGACGCACAGCACUCAGAGGCGAAACAGGCAGUGUUGUCCAGGCAGAGGGAAUAUAAGCUAGCUGCCAUACACGCCAAACAGAGCGGCAACACCGACCACGCCAAACAGCACUACCUCACUGCCAAGAAGCUCGAUGUGCUGCUAGAGGCGCUGGACCGAGACGAACCAGUAGACCUGAGCUCACUGCCUCCUCCACCUGGAGAUGUAGUAGCAGAGCAGAGUGCUCCUCCUCCUCCUCAGUCUUCUAAACCCGUCACCCCCGUGGCUCCUGCAGCUCCUGCUGCUCCUGCACCCACCCAGGUGGCCACUGCAGACCUGCCUGCUCCCACGAGUGUGGCUGAAGCCCUGCAGCAGAGGAUGGAGAUAUACAAGUCAGCAGCAGAGGGAGCUAAGAGCAAAGGGGAUGAUCGCAAGGCCCGAAUGCAUCAGCGCAUUUUGAAGCAAUAUCAAGAUGCCAUCAAAGCUCACAAAGCUGGCCGACCUGUUAACUUAUCUGAUCUACCUGUGCCACCAGGCUGUCCACCACUUCAGGGCUCAGAGGGGAGUCAGCAGAACUUCAUAGGUGUCCUGGAAACAGCCAUGAAAAUAGCAAACCAGGAUGCAGACGCAGAAGAUGACGAAGAGGAUGGACAAAGAGAGGCUGCCAAGGCUACAGUGCGCCCACCUGCCCAGAAAGCAAAGUCUCCAGCUCCCCAGCCUCCUCAGGCUCCUGCAGGCUCUUCAGCUCCGAAACUGGGAGCUAAAGCCCAGCAGCAAGUGGAUUUUCUGUUGCUAAGACGACAAGCUUUCCUGCGUGCGGCACUGCGCUCCAAACAGAUGAAGGACAUGACGGGAGCAGCACAGCACCUCAGACAUGCCAAAGGACUGGAACCCAUGAUCACCGGUGCAAAGUCUGGCCUACCAGUUGACAUCACCAAGAUUCCCAAUCUUCCAGUAAGUGAGGAGGACUACUCCCUGGCUCGCUCUCGUACCUCUCCUUCCUCUCGUACCGUUAGUGAGCAGUACCAAAACCUCAUGGAUCAUCUGAGAAAGCAGCAUGAGAAAUGUCUGGGCCUGUCCCAACAAUUCACACAAAUUGGAAACGUGGGAGAGGCUUUAAAGUCUGAGAAAUUAGUUGAUGAGACCAUGAAGUACAUAGAGAUUCUGAAGAGUGCCUUUGCCAAGGGUCAUCCAGUUCCCAAGUGCCGCACAGAGGAGAGAACCUUCAACUCUGUCAAGAUCUUCCCCAACCUGACACUCAAUGACCUGAUACUAUACAUCAACCGAGGCAUCAACCUCCCAGCUCCCUCUGGUGUCUCUGCUAAUGAUCUGGAUGCCAGUGUAAAAUUUGAGUUUCCUUUUCCCAGCGCGGAGGAGGCUCAGAGGGACAAAACCAGCACAGUAAAGAACACCAACAGUCCAGAGUUUAAAGAGAAUUUCAAACUCAACAUCAACCGUGGCCACAGAGCCUUUAAACGAGUCGUACAAUCCAAAGGAAUCAAGUUUGAAAUCAUCCACAAAGGAGGCCUGUUCAAGAAUGACAAAGUAGUUGGCACUGCUCAGCUGAAGCUAGAGGGUCUAGAAAAUCACUGUGAAAUCAGAGAGAUCUUAGAGGUGAUGGAUGGGCGUAAAUCUACUGGUGGCAAGCUGGAGGUGAGGGUGAAGAUCAGAGAGCCUCUGUCAGGUGUCGAACUGCAUCCAGUGACAGAGAAGUGGCUGAUUCUUGAACCAGUCACUUCACCUCCAGAGAAACAGAAGGAACGGGCUCCAUCUCCUCGGUCUAAACCUAGACAUGAAGGAAACAGCAGGAGCAGCUUGGAUCAGGCUGCAUCUCCCCGGUCUAACCCCAGAAAUGAAGUGAGCAGCAGAAGCAGUCACCCCAGCAGCUCUCCUCCACAGUACAAACUCCACAGCUUCAGCCUCCUCAACUAUGACAGGGAGCGGCUGGAGAGGAAGAUUACAGAGUACCGAAGGAACCGGCGGGAUCCCCCGUCUGACCUCAUCCAUCAGCACAAAGAGGUCACACACAGACUUCAGUGGCAGAAAGCACAGCUGGAACGAGCUUCUCCUGCUCUGCUCACAGAGUAUGAGAACGCGCUGCAACGCUUUGUCCAAGGACUUUCUGAGUCUGUGAAAAAAUAUUCCAGUCAAGGAAACAGGGAUGCUGCCAAGGAUGCACUGGGCAGGAUGAGGAUGGUGGAGAAUGAGCUGGAGUCGCUGAAGAGGAAACGCACUGGAUGAGAAGAGAAUAAGGAGUGGAGAAUUGGCUGGAGUACUGUUAUCUAUCUCUCUCUCUCUCUCUCUCUCAUACACACUCAUAUACAAACACUACAGUGGGUACAAUGAGCACCUUUAGCAUGAUUCUGUGCUGCUCAUGCGCAAAACAACCACAGACCUAAACUGCUAAUUCAGUCAGUCAUUCCUAUAGCUUGUGUCAUAUGUGGUUACUUACCUGCCACAAUAACUUAAGAAACCGCUGCAACCACAAAGGGAGAUGGAAAUUUAAAACGCAUUAAAAUGUGUAAAGAUUUAAGAGAGAUGCAUUUGCACUUAAACAAGACAAACACUACAGGAAACUGCUUCUAAAGAAUGGCUUUACAGAUUUACUGGGAUUGUGUUUUGUUUCUGGGAUUUUUUAUUUUUUUUUGUUUGUUUGUUUUGUUUUUAAUUUUCCCAUCUUUCCUUUGGCAAUUCUUGAUGAAGAUGUCUGUUAGAAGACUUAACAUUUUACAUUUGGCACCAGCUUUUGGUGUCUACAGAUGACCAAAAAAAUGUGUGUGUGCUCUGCGGUGUGUUUAACUAGUGCACUAGGGAGUUUUUUUGUUUUUUUUUUAACCUUUUUCCCUGUAUUUUAUGUGUGUAAUGAGCUUAAUCUAAUCUGUCUGCUCCAGUGUUCGCAGAUUACAGUAAUCUGCUCCGUUUGGAGUGCUGUGAUACGGGAAUAAAAAAAAAAAAAAAUGUGGCUUCGGGGUGCAGCAGCCUACAUCCCAUAAUGAGGGAUUAGUGUUUAUGUCACCAAAGAGGCGACUACAUCAGACGUAGAGUCGCCUCUGGGGGCUGGGAAGAGGGGUUUUAACAGCUUGCCAUGAAUGUGGUAGAAGCUUAGCCUUGCUAAGAGAUUUCUGCUUCUUCGUCAGCUGCUUCUUCUUUGUCGUCUUCAUCAUCUUUACUUUCUUCACACCCAUUCCUUUCAAGAUUAUUCUCGAUUAUUAGGCUGCCCUACUCAGAAUCUAUUUACCCUCUUAAACAAUAUGAAAUCCAUUGUGCUGUUACUUAGAAAACAGUUAAAAGCUGCUGCGUCAGAGCGCUGCUUUUCCCACAGACUGUGAUGCAUGCAAAAAAAUAGCAUUUGUCCCACUGAGCUCUCCAGUGGCAGCACAAUGGAUACUGAAAAAUCUACCCACGGGAAGGCAACCUGAUAAGUGUCAGUAUGGCUGGGUAAUUGCUCAUUUCUAUUUCAGUUCUCACACAGACAUCCAUGCUGUCAUCUUCCUCUCUACCUUCACUUCUUUUUUGAGAGUGAAGUCAAGGGGACAAAAUACAGACAAAACCACUUAAGCUUUCCAGCGCUGACAAACGUAGGCAGAUUGGAAUGAUUGGAAUGAGUUGCCACAACAACACUAGUUUGACAAAUGUGCGCUGCCAUGUAUUCUGAGCUCUGGGCAGAUGUUUCGUGUGCUAACCUGACAGGAGAUCCUGUUCCACAUUGAUUGCAUCCAGCCGGGAUGUAGCAGAGUACUUUUAAAUGAGCGUUAUUGUAUGUUUAUGUUUGAAUCCCGAAUAUUAAUGAUGUCUGGUAACUCCAGUUAAUAGUUUUUUGGUCAUGUGACACAUCAGAUAAUCAUGUGUUCACACUAAUCCACUCACUGCCUCACUCCAUUAGCAAAUAAUCCUGGUUAAAGUUGGCUCUCCACUGUGUUGUGACCCUUAUGUAACACCCCUUGCCCCAAUUUUUUAUUUUAUUUUUUAAUGAACAACAGACAUCUUUUACUUUAUCAGUGUUGAUUUUGAUCACCUAAUGUUAUUUAGUGGACAGAUGGUAGCAUAACAGCUUCAAAUCUUUGAAUGUUCUCUCUUCUCUUCUAGGUAGCCGUUUGUGUCUAAUUUUGCACGGCACAGACUUUUAGAAAAUAAUCUUGCCAGCUCCUAAAACUUGAGCUUCAGUCAAGCAGGUCUGGAUUAAUGUCAGUGAUGCAUUUGUGCAGCAGGGUAGUUUAAGUACAAAUUUAUUUGUGAACCUUUGAGCAUUAAGAAAGAUUUAAAUAGUGAAUCAGUGGAUUACACAACUUAAGCAAAUUUCAAGGUUCUGCUAAUGGUUUUCACACUGUAUACAGGGGCAGAGCCAAGGGGUGUUCACAGCCUAAAGUGUCAACCACCUCUGUGGCCACCUCUUACAAUCAAAAGUAAAGGCUGUUAGAGGGGCUAUGCAUGUGAAAUUACUGUUUUUUAGCAGAACUAAGGUUUACAUUUAAAGAAAGAAAAAAAAAAAAAAAAGCUUAUCAGUCCUUACCAUCAUACUUGCCUGUAUAA